AUGGCGUGGCUGAGACAAGUAAUAGGAGAAAAAAUAACAGAACCGUGGCACCGCAGGCAAAUGUCCCCUCGGCGAUCAAUGCGCCGUAAGCCCGGACGGGGCUGUCGCUACAGUUUGGUGAGAAGGGACAUUGAGAACAAAGUGUCCACCGAGGAAAUAAGUGGUAGUGGUAGCGAUAGUGAUAGUGGUAAUGGCAAUAGAAGUGUUAAUGAUAUUGGUAGUAGUAUUGGAAUUAGAAUUGGAAUUGGUAUUGGCAGUGGUGGUGGUAGUGGUAAUGGUAUUGGUAGGGGUGUUAUAGUAGUAUUAUUAGUAGAGAUAGUAGUUGUAGUGGUAGCAGUAGUGAUGUCAUUUCCAGAGGAGACCUUCGCACCAAAGGUGCAAAUAAAAUACGAGAUCGGCCUCGAUAUGCUGGAUCGUAAUUCGGAAAUUGAGCGUCGUCGUCAAUUUUAUAAGAGCUUUCGCUUAGAGGAGUUGUUCGAGGAUAAAUGCUUGAAGGCGUCGGACUUAGGACGCGAUUACUACUUGCCCCUCGAAAUGUUCGAUGACGAGGAGUACGACUGCAGAACCCCACAAGAGUGGAUGAAUCUGGGUCUGAUCGAUGGUAAGCAGCAUCCCCUACCGGCGACAAUUUUCCUCCAGUUUCCCAAGUGUCAGCCAGUCGCGGUCGUCGAUUACGACGAGGGCAGGAAACUCUGGCAUAUCUUCACCCUCGAGAACGAGCGCUGCUUCUUUCAGUUACCACGCAUAUACGUGUACUUCCAAGCCGAAGAUCCACGAGUCUUCGCCGAUAGGGUGGCGAACGCCGUGCUGGAGAGACGGAGAUCAGAGGCCAAAAUGAGGUACAAUUUAUAUCUCGACUGCAUACCGACCGAAGGAAUGGACGGCUUAAGUGAUAGCGAGAGGGAGACGAUUAUACGUCUAACAGUGGGCACAAGAAAUCAUCACAACUACUCGGUUAAUCAGAUCUCAUCGGAUAUUAGAGAAUUAAUCAAAUGGCAUAUUUUAUAUGUCCAACCACAAAUUUAUGAAACAAUAAAAGCCGUCGUUCAGGAAUGCAAUAAAGUUUCUCUAAAAUCGCUUUUUACAUUCAAAUAUGGGAAGACAGUGACUAUCCAAGAAUUUGAAGUUCAACAACUACAUGAGAUACACACAUUUAUAAAUUAUUUAAAGGUUCAAUGGUUAAAUAAUAUUUCACAGACUAUUAAAAUGAAUUUAAGAGACAUUGGGAAAGGAUGGUUCGAUUUAAAACAAAAAAAUUAUGAAAUUUAUGAAGUUAUGAAAUUGAAGAGACUAAUGGAACUUAUUAAGCAAUAUAUGCAGACUACAUUAAGAGAUAUAGUGAUAAAUUCAUCAUCAUUAUUUCUUUCAUUCUUCGAAACUCCAACUUUAUGUUUUGCCAAUAUCAAACCAGACUUUACUUGGGAUUCAGAUUUACGAAGCAUGCCGUUCAAAUCAACAAAUUCUCCAAUUUUUCAAAUAGAAAUUGAUAUGAAUGUGAAAGGUCCUUUCUUCUCUACGAAUCCAAAAUUAUACGAGGAGAAAUUGGAUUCCUUAUACUUUAAAUCAAUAAAAUUAUGUCAACAAAUAAGUCGAAUUCAUCCGAUGAUUUUGGAAAAUUUAAAGUUUUCGAAAGGAUUGUAUAUGAAUCACAUACAGUUGGAAGGAGACUUAAUAUUUGAAGUGCGCAAGCGAAUAAAAGCAGCUUAUAAGAAAUCUACAAUUUCUCUGUUUGCUUACCUUAAAAAAUUCGAAAACUACCUAAGUCUAUAUAACCUUGAUAUCGAUCAAUACGUAAAGAAGUUUGAAAAUGACGAAUAUACAAUAGUAUCGUUAAAAGAAGAGAUAAUGAUGCAUUAUUCUUCUAUAGCAAAGUUAAAUAAUGAAAUACCAUAUAGCAUAUGUAUUGGUGCAUUUUUUGUGAAUAUCGAAAAUUUAAAAAAAUUUCUAAUGAAGAAAUAUCAAGAAAUUAUAAAUCAAUUGUUCCAAAUGCAUACCAAACGUCUCAAUUUACAAAUUAAUGAAAUGCUCGAUGAUUAUAAAUUUAUCUUCCGAAAACUUAACGUGGAGCCAACUAGUAUAGAACAAAUAUUUGAAUUACGCGAUUGGAUAGAAGGCAUACCAAUGGCCGUGUCCAUACAUUUUGAAAAUUUUCAAAAAUUAAGAAUCGAUUACGACAUGAUUGAUCAUUUCUUAUGGAAUUUAUCAGACAACGAUUUCCAAUCUCGAUACGAAGCCAUGCAUUUUCCAUUGCGAAUUAAAAUCCAAAUUGAUCGACUGAACAUAAGUAUGAUAGAGUUAGAAAAAACGAAAUUUUAUAAAGCACAAUUAGAAGAUAUAGCGAAUACAAAUCAGAAUAUCGAUUCUAUAGUUGGAAAUGUAACAACUAUUGCCAUGCAAAAUGAUAUUACCAAAAUCAAUGAAAUAACUACUGAAAUUCAUCUGACCUGGAAGAUAAUGAAAGAUUUACACGAAUUCAGUAUUUUAUUAAAUUCACGUCAAAAAUUAUUCGCUCUCCCUACUGUACGUUUCAAUAAACUUACGUCAUUAAUAAAGGAUUUUGAGCCUUACAAGAAUUUUUGGUUAACAGCUUCUGAUUGGUUAAACUGGUAUCAUAUUUGGAUGGAAAAUCCUUUAGUAACCAUCAAUGCGGCCAAUAUAGAUAUAGUUGUUAACGAUAUGUACAAAAUGUUGGGACGAUGUAUAAAAUCAUUGCAUGAUCAACCUGAUAUUAUUAAAUUGGCUGAAGAUUUAAAAAAUCAAAUAGAACAGUUCAAGCCGUAUAUAAGUGUUUUACAAUCUUUUCGAAAUCCUGGUAUGAAAGCUCGGCAUAUAGAUAGUAUCAGUGAGAAAACAGGAAUCACCAUCACCUUCAGUCCCAAUUUGACAUUUCAAAAUUUACUGUCCUACAAUGUUAUGGAAUAUCAAGAAAUAAUUAAAGAGACGGCUGAAACUGCUGGAAAAGAGUAUGCAAUUGAAAAAGCUUUAGAAAAAAUGAAAACGGAAUGGGAACCUCUUCAAAUGGAAAUUAUAGAAUACAAGAAUACUGGAACAUAUAUAAUGAAAAUAACGGAUGAAGUGCAAUUACUUUUAGAUGAUAAUAUAAUUGUUAUGCAACAGAUUAGUUUCAGUCCAUUCAAAGAUGUAUUCAAAGAUGAUAUCGACGAUUGGUAUUUCAAAUUAAAGCUUUCUCAAGAGGUCAUUAUAUUAUGGAUGGAAGUACAAAAAUUAUGGAUAUACUUAGAACCAAUAUUUUCUUCCGAAGAUAUCAGUGUCCAAUUACCGGUAGAAUCAAAAAAAUACAAUACAUUGGAUCGCAAUUGGCGUCGAGUUAUGAAAUCAGCAUACGACAAUCCAUUGAUUAUCAAAGUAUGUCCGGAUAGAAUGCUCUUGGAGACCUUGCGCGAGUGCAUAAAUCUCUUGGAAAUGGUACUAAAGGGGCUGUCUGAUUAUCUUGAGAGUCGAAGAAUACUCUUCCCACGUUUCUUCUUUCUCAGCGAUGACGAGCUGCUUGAGAUACUCGCCCAAACGAAAAAUGUACAGGCGGUACAGCCGUACUUAAAGAAGUGCUUUGAGAAUAUGAAGGAACUGCGUUUCGAAGAUGAUUUGACAAUAACGCGCAUGUAUUCCGCGGAGGACGAGGAAGUUAUUCUUAAUCCGUCUGUGAAGCCAUCGGGCAGCGUGGAAUAUUGGUUGAAUACAGUUGAGAGCUCAAUGAAAUCAACUAUUCGUUUCGAGAUAAGCCAAGCCAUAGAUAAAAUCGAAAUAUUGUCGAGAAAAGAAUGGAUUUAUAUGUGGCCCGGACAGGUUUCACUUUGCGUCGGACAGACAUCAUGGACCGCUCACGUAGAAAACUCCAUCACAACAAAUGGCUUAUCGAAUUAUGCAAAAAUCAUGAUAUCACAACUGGAUGAUCUUCGAAGUUUAGUUCGCGGCCAGCAAACGGAAAUCCAGAGAUUAAUGCUUGAGGCCAUAAUAACGAUCGAAGUCCACGCUCGUGAUGUCCUUCUAAAACUGAUUGAAGAGAGAGUUUCUAACGUCAAUGAUUUUGAUUGGAUUUCACAAUUACGUUACUACUGGGUCAACGACUCGGAUCUCAAAGUACGCGCGGUUAAUGCUGAAUUUCAAUAUGGGUAUGAAUAUCUUGGCAACAAUGGACGGCUCGUAAUCACACCGCUUACCGAUCGAUGUUACUUAACGCUGACGGGAGCUUUGCAUUUGAAAUUCGGCGGUGCUCCAGCUGGACCCGCAGGCACUGGAAAAACCGAAACAACCAAGGAUCUUGCGAAAGCUUUCGCGAUUCAGUGCGUUGUGUUUAACUGCUCCGAUCAGCUUGAUUUUAUAUCGAUGGGAAAAUUCUUCAAAGGACUUGCUAGUUCCGGUGCUUGGGCAUGUUUCGACGAAUUCAAUCGUAUCGACAUUGAAGUUCUAUCUGUUAUAGCACAGCAAAUCAUGACCAUUCAAAAAGCUCAACAAAUGCAAACGGAAAAGUUUAUCUUCGAGGGGGUUGAACUUCGCUUGAGAUUUUCUUGCGCUGUUUUUAUAACCAUGAACCCAGGUUACGCAGGACGAACGGAACUGCCAGAUAAUUUAAAAACUCUCUUCCGGCCUGUUGCGAUGAUGGUACCUAACUAUACCUUAAUAGCAGAAAUUUCAUUAUUUUCGUGUGGCUUUAGCGAUGCUAAGGUCCUUGCGACAAAAAUUACUGCAACAUUUAAAUUAAGUUCGGAACAACUCAGUUCACAGGAUCACUACGAUUUCGGAAUGAGAUCGGUAAAGACAGUAAUAGCUGUUGCUGGAAUAUUAAAACGCGAACAAAAGGAUAUGGAAGAGCCUCAAAUUUGUUUACGAGCAUUGAGGGACGUCAAUGUACCCAAAUUUUUAAACGAUGACUUGAAAUUAUUUAACGGAAUUGUUUCCGAUUUAUUUCCAAAAAUAGUGGAAAAAACUAUUGAUUACGAUAUAUUCAUCGCAGCAAUCAAAGAGACGAUAAAGGAAAUGCAACUAAGCGCUGUACAAGAUUUUAUACAUAAAGUCAUCCAGUUAUAUGAAACCACAAUUGUUCGUCAUGGCUUAAUGCUUGUGGGGCCGACUGGUUCUGGAAAAACUAAGUGCUACCAAGUACUGAGGAAAACCUGCACGAAGCUCAAGGGCCAAUUGCAGCCGAGCGGUAAGCCCUUCACCCGCGUGCACACCUACGUUGUGAAUCCCAAAUCCAUUACCAUGGGCCAGCUAUACGGAGAGUACGAUCUCAACACCCACGAGUGGACUGAUGGAAUUUUAUCGUCCUUAAUUCGUUCUGGAACAACGGCAACGGAUAAUGACAAACGCUGGUAUGUUUUUGACGGGCCGGUUGACGCCGUUUGGAUCGAAAACAUGAAUACGGUACUCGACGAUAAUAAAAAGCUUUGCUUAUCCUCCGGUGAAAUAAUGAGACUUUUACCAACACAAACGAUGAUUUUCGAAGUAGCCGACUUGAAGGUCGCUUCUCCGGCAACAGUAUCCAGAUGUGGCAUGGUUUAUAUGGAGCCAAAAGGAUUGGGCAUAAAUCCUUUUAUUGAUUGUUGGAUCGAGAAAUUACAUGAUGUAAGUUUUAUAAAACCAUAUGCCGAAAGAUUAUCAAAACUGGCGUACGCCUUGUUGUUACCAGCACUGAAAUUUCUACGAGAACAUUUAACAGAAAUUGUGCAAACUGUUGAUUCAGGACUUGUGCAUUCCUAUAUAAACCUAAUGAAUUAUCAAUUUGUAUCAUUGAAAGUGAAAAACGAGUCUCUCGAUCCUUUUCUCGAACCUUGGUCGACGUUUGCACUCGUAUGGAGCAUUGGAGCUACUUGCGACUGGAAUAGUCGAUACUUAUUCAGCGAAUGGCUACGAGAAUUGCAAAGAAAAGCUGAUCAUAAAAUGCAGUUCCCACCUGAUGGCUUAGUUUAUGAUUACAAGUACGUGAUUUACAGUAUAUGAAUUUUUAUAAUGCAUCAGUCAAAAGUAGAAAAUCAAAUGCAAUGGACUAAAUGGUUAAAAGAUGCACCGAUUGACGUUAUUGAUAUCGACAAGAAAUUCUCAAACAUUGAAAUUGCAACCAUCGAUAUGGUGCGCAGCAUGGAGUUGAUUGAUUACUUAUUGUUGAGCGAAUGUAAUGUACUUUGUGUCGGGCCAACGGGUAGCGGCAAAACAUUAACAGUUUCAACCAAACUUUCGAGAAAUAUGCCAAAAAGAUUCAUUUGCGAUUUCAUUAAUUUUUCGGCUAGAACGUCAGCUAAUCAGGUUCAAGACUUAUUAGAUAGUAAACUGGAUAAGCGGCACAGAGGUGUGUAUGGUCCACCGAUUUCAAAAAAGCAAAUCUUCUUCAUCGACGAUUUAAAUAUGCCAGCACUCGAGACUUAUGGUGCUCAGCCACCUAUCGAGCUCUUACGCCAAUAUAUGGACUUUCAAGGAUGGUAUGAUAGGAAGGAAAUCGGUUCGUUUAGAACCAUUACGGAUGUUAAUUUUAUAUGUGUAAUGGCACCUCCAGGUGGAGGACGGAAUCCCGUAACCGCUCGACUUUUACGUCAUUUUCAUUUUAUUGCAUUUCCUGAGAUGGAAGAUGACACAAAGAAAAAUAUAUUCGGAACCAUAUUAUUGUCGUGGCUCUCAAUGACGAAGAGUCUAAAGGGAUUUUCCGAUUCCUUGGUCAAGAUUACCCUCCAAGUUUACUCGACAGUAUGCAAAAAGCUUCUACCAACUCCUGACAAAUCCCACUAUACUUUUAAUCUCAGAGAUUUGAGCAAAGUAUUUCAAGGGAUUUUAAUGUCAGAUCCCGAUCAGAUAAUUGUACCGGACGAUCUCCUAUUAUUAUGGUAUCACGAAAAUUUUCGAGUAUUUAGCGAUAGACUGACAAACAAAAGCGAUAGAAAUUGGUUUCAAAAUUUGCUUGCUGAGACCGUGAUGGAUGAAUUUAACUACGACAUCGAUAAAUUUUCAUUUAAAGGAAACUUGUAUUUCGGAGAUUUCUGUAGCUCUGGAAGUCGUUACGAACAUAUAAAAAAUAUUAAAAAAAUGAAGAAAACAUUGUCAGAUUUUCUCGAAGAUUAUAAUAAUUCAACAACGAUGCCUAUGAAUUUAGUGCUAUUUGAAGAUGCUAUAAGUCACUUAUGUCGCAUAGCUAGAAUUCUUCGACAAUCUCCAGGAAAUGCUCUCUUAUUGGGAAUGGGUGGCUCAGGUCGUCAGAGCUUAACAAAACUUUCUUCGCAUAUUGCGGAAUAUUAUUGCUUCCAAAUUGAGUUAACCAAAACAUAUUCGAUCCGAGAUUGGAGAGAGGACGUUAAAAGUAUUCUUUUAAAGACUGGAUUAUCAAAUAAACACACUGUAUUUGUGUUCUCCGAUACUCAGAUUAAGAAUGACUUGUUCUUAGAGGAUUUAAAUAACAUAUUAAGUAGUGGAGAUGUGGCGAAUAUUUAUCAAUCCGAGGAAAUGGAUAAAAUAUUCCAAACGAUGCGACCUUUUGUGCAAGAAUCAGGUCUUCAAAUGAACAGAAGUAAUCUUUAUGCAGUUUAUUGUAAAAUAAUACAAAAUAAUCUGCAUGUAGUUAUAUCUAUGUGUCCUAUUGGAGAAAUAUUUCGAGCUCGAAUCCGACAAUUUCCGGCUUUAGUAAAUCUUUGCACAAUAGAUUGGUUCGAUCCGUGGCCAGAUAGUGCACUUGAGAAUGUUGCGUUACAUUUUCUUGGAUCUGUAAGAGAUGAAGCCAUUACUGAAUCUGUUUUAAAAUCAAUUGUAAAAACAUGCCAAUUUAUGCAUUCCAGUGUGAUAAAAGCCAGUGAAGAAUUUUCUCAAGAGUUAAACCGUCAUAAUUAUGUUACCCCCACCUCCUAUUUAGAACUUAUUUCCAGUUAUGGUGAUCUACUGAAUAAAAAGAAACAAGAGCUAACUCAAGGCAUAUUUCGAUUAACAACAGGAUUACAAAGACUCGCUGCAUCUCAAACAGAAGUUAAAGAGUUACAAAUAAUGUUGGAGCAAAUGAAACCCGAACUUGAAAAAGCUGCUCAAACGGCUGCUAGAAUGAUGGAAGAAAUCGAGCGAGAUACAAAAGAAGCGAAAGUAGCUCGGAUUAAAGCGGAAGAGCAAGAAAGGGAAGCCUUAAAAUUGAAAACGGAAAACCAAGCGAUAAAAGAUGAAGCCGAAGCUGAUCUAAAGACUGCAAAGCCCAUGCUGGAAGCAGCAGAACAAAGCUUAAAAGCAUUGAAUAAAGGCGAUAUAACGGAGGUAAAAGCCAUGAAAAGACCGCCCGUUGGAGUAAAACUCGUAAUCGAAACAAUAUGUAUUAUUAAAAAAGUCAAACCAAAUAGAAUUCCGGGUGAAAAGCCAGGUGAAAAACUUAACGAUUAUUGGACGCCAGGAAGUCAAAUGCUUGCCGAUGCUGGACAAUUUCUUGCAUCGCUAGAAAAAUACAAUAAAGACGAAUUGACGGAGGACAUAAUAAAUAAAUUAAAAGUUUACAUAGAAAAUCGUAAUUUCACGCCACAAAAGGUGGCGCAAGUUUCGAAAGCCUGUCACUCUCUAUGUUUGUGGGUCCAUGCAAUGUACAACUACUACUUCGUGAACCUCCGCGUAAUGCCAAAAAUGGCAGCGUUGGCACUGGCUGAGAAGGAUCUCGCCAAGACCGAGGCUAUGCUCGACAAAGCCAUGGCGAAACUAAAGAUGGUGCAAGAUGGACUAGAUUUGUUGCAGAUUAAAUUCGAGUUGGAGGAGAAGAAAAAGAUGGAACUAGAGAAGCAAAAACAACUUUGCGAGGAGCGAAUGGCAAGGGCAGUGAGACUGAUCACAGGCUUGGCUGGGGAGCAGGUGAGGUGGCUCGAAAGCGUCGAUCAUAUGAAGAAAGGACUUACGAACAUUAUCGGUGACAUCCUUUUAUCAUCCGGAGCCAUAGCUUACUUGACACCUUUCAUUGAUACGUAUCGCAAAAAACUAUUGGCCUCCUGGUAUGAAGUAUUAGGAAAAGGCGUUCCACAUACACCCGGUUGCAAUCCAACAUCAGUUCUUGGCGAUGCUGUUCAAAUCAGAAAAUGGCAAAUACAUGGCCUACCCCGGGACUCGUUAUCCGUUGAAAAUGCCGUUUUGAUUACGAAUUCAAAGCGUUGGCCACUAUUUAUCGAUCCGCAAGGCCAAGCCAAUCGAUGGAUCCGAAAUGUGGGAAAAUUGGGCGGCGUGUCUACGGUACGAAUGACCGAUAAAGAUCUUUUGAGGGUCAUCGAGAGCUGCGUCAGAUUUGGACGUACUUGUCUGAUAGAAAACGUCGGCCUUGAACUCGAGGCGGCGCUCGACACGAUCCUUAUGCGCUCGCUCUUCUGACAAGCGGGUGUCAUGAGCAUUAAGAUUGGCGACAACGUCGUCCCAUACAAUUUCGACUUUCGACUUUAUCUAACAACGAAGCUUCCAAAUCCCCAUUAUACGCCGGAAGUGUCCGUCAAAGUGCUCCUGGUCAACUUCACGUUAACUGCCAGCGGAUUAGCGGAUCAGAUGCUCUCGCUGGUGGUGAUGCAGGAGAGACCGGAACUCGAAGAAAUCCGGAGUGCUCUCAUAGUGUCUAACGCCCAGAUGAAACACGAGCUCAAAGAAAUCGAGGAUCGCAUUCUUUACCGGCUCUCCUUGUCCGAGGGCUCGCCCGUUGAUGACAUCGACCUUAUCCUCACCCUCGAAGCCUCCAAGGUCAAGAGCGAGGAAAUCAAGUUAAAAGUAGCAGCGGCCGAGACGACGCAAGAGGAUAUCGAUGCAGCGAGAUCUUUGUACAUUCCAGUAGCGAAUCGCGCGCAAAUUCUGUUUUUUUGCUUAUUGGACUUGCAACUGAUUGAUACAAUGUAUCAAUACUCUCUCGAAUGGUUCAUUCGUAUAUUUAUUAAUAGCAUGAUAAAUGCGGAAAAGAAUGAUGACGUCGAUGUACGUGCCAACAUUAUCAAUGAAUACUUCACAUUCGCGCUUUAUACAAAUGUAUGUCGAAGUCUUUUUGAAAAGCACAAAUUACAUUUUGCAUUUCUAUUGUGUAUAAGAAUUCAAAUGAUGGAUAAUUUGAUUGAUUACGCUGAAUGGAGAUUUUUUCUCUCUGGAGCAAUUCCACCGACGGAAAAACCAAAUCCAGUCAGUUGGUUAACACAGCGUAGUUGGAUCGAGAUACAAUCUCUCGAAGUCUUGCCCACCUUUGAAGGUUUUGUUUCAUCAUUCGAGUCUCUACUACCAGAAUUUAAGGAAAUCUUUGACAGUUAUCAGCCAGAAAGUAUGCCGAAUCCGAAGCCAUGGCAUAGUAAAUUGAAUGACUUUCAAAAGAUGAUAAUUAUAAAGUGUCUUCGACCAGAUAAGCUUACAAAUGUGAUGCAAUCUUAUAUUAUAAAAUUCCUUGGAAGUCGGUUUAUUGAGCCACACACAUCGGGACUCGAUGCAAUAUACGAUGAAUCUAGUCCCUUGACUCCACUUAUCUUUGUGCUUUCAACUGGAACAGAUCCAGCCUCGGAGCUUUAUAAAUUUGCAGAAAAAUUGAAAAUGUCCCGAAAAUUAUUUUCCAUAUCAUUGGGUCAAGGACAGGGGCCGAAAGCCGAAAUUAUGCUUAAACAAUCCCUCGUGGCCGGUAAUUGGCUGUUUUUCCAAAAUUGUCACUUGGCGCCAAGUUGGAUGCCGAAAUUAGAGAUUUUGGUAGAAACGCUCCCCCCAAAUAGUAUUCAUCGAGACUUUCGUUUGUGGUUGACGUCAAUGCCCUCGCCCUCGUUUCCAGUCAGCAUUCUUCAAAAUGGAUGUAAAAUGACUAUUGAGCCGCCGCGAGGUGUUAAGGCGAAUGUAUUGAAAACUUACUCAACUCGAGUGAUCGAGAUGAUGGAUUUCUUGGAAUCUGAUCAUUCAAAAGUGCAAACUUUCAAGUCCUUGAUAUUUUCUUUGUGUUUAUUCCAUGCGGUCCUACUGGAAAGACGAAAAUUUGGUCCAUUGGGCUUUAAUAUACCAUAUGAAUUCACCGAUGGAGACUUUGCUAUCUGUAUGUCGCAACUUCAUAUGUUCCUACUGGAAUACGUCCAAAUACCAUUUAAAGUUUUAAUUUACACGGCCGGGCACAUUAAUUAUGGCGGUCGGAUAACGGAUGAUUGGGAUCGAAGAUGCGUUUUGACGAUUUUACAAAAAUUUUAUAAUGAAAAUGUACUAACUGACGGCUAUAAAUUUGACUCUUACGGGAAUUAUUGUCAACCACCAGCAGAUACAUCUUUUGAGGAAUAUCUUGAGUUAAUCAAAAUGUUCCCUAUAAACGACGAUCCAAUUCUCUUUGGUUUACAUAAUAAUGCGGAUAUUAGUUACGCGCAAGCCGAAACGUAUGCGUGUCUGAAAACUUUACUCACCUUACAACCGCGAGAUAUUGGAAGUUCCGUUUCAAAAGUCGAGGAAGUGACAGGUCAAUUGGCAAUGAGUAUUUUCGAUGGGCUACCCGAGCCCUUUAACCUCGAGGCAAUUAAAAAAAAAUACCCGAUUUCGUACGAAGAGUCUUUGAAUACCGUUUUGCUACAGGAGGCAACGCGCUACAAUGGAUUGCUCAUUGAAAUGUCAAGCAGCUUGAGCGAUCUAUUAAAAGCCCUCAAAGGACUCGUUGUGAUGUCUGAUAAAUUAGAAGCGAUGGCAUCAAAUAUGUACAACAAUAAAGUUCCAGAGAACUGGCAAAAUAAGGCUUUCGCUUCGUUAAAGCCACUCGGCUCGUGGGUAGAAGACUUGAGAGAGAGAAUAAAAUUCAUACAGAGCUGGCAAGACAAUGGUAUACCGUCCGCGUUCUGGAUAUCAGGUUUUUAUUUUCCUCAAGCCUUUCUCACCGGCAGCUUACAAAACUACGCGAGGAAGUACAGCAUCUCUAUCGACUCUCUCGAAUUUAGCUUCAAGGUGCUUAAAGACAAACCUCAUCGCAGACCAAUCGAUGGAUGCGCCGUUUACGGUCUUUUCCUCGAGGGCUGCAGGUGGGACGGUACUUGGCUCACGGAAUCAUUGCCCAAGGAACUCUACACCAGCAUGCCACCAAUUCUUCUCAUACCGGAGGUAAAUCAUAAGAAGGCCAGCAGUGGAAUCUACGAGUGCCCGGUUUACAAGACCAUUCAGCGCGCCGGAACCCUUAGUACCACCGGCCACUCCACCAACUUCAUCCUUACAAUGGAAAUUCCCACCCAGAAUCCACAGGAGCACUGGAUCGUCCGAGGCGUUGCCCUCAUCUGCGCCCUCGAUUUCUAA